AUCUAGCUAGCCUUUGUCUCUUUGAACGAAAAUGGCGGAAACCAUCGGCUCAGAGGUUUCGUCGAUGUCUGACAAAUCCGCCAAAAUCUUCGUCGCUGGUCAUCGCGGUUUGGUUGGAUCUGCCAUUGUUCGCAAGCUUCAGGAACAAGGUUUCACCAAUCUUGUUCUUCGAACACACGCCGAGCUUGAUCUCACCCGUCAAGCCGAUGUUGAAUCCUUCUUUGCUCACGAGAAGCCAGUUUAUGUAAUCCUAGCAGCAGCUAAAGUUGGUGGUAUUCAUGCUAACAACACUUACCCUGCUGAUUUCAUUGGUGUCAAUCUCCAGAUUCAGACCAAUGUGAUCCACUCUGCUUACGAGCACGGUGUCAAGAAGCUUCUCUUUCUUGGAUCAUCCUGCAUUUACCCCAAAUUUGCUCCUCAGCCAAUUCCUGAGUCUGCUUUGUUAACCGCAUCGCUUGAACCAACUAAUGAGUGGUAUGCUAUUGCUAAGAUCGCAGGGAUUAAGACUUGUCAGGCUUAUCGGAUUCAGCACGGGUGGGAUGCGAUCUCUGGCAUGCCUACUAAUCUCUAUGGUCCUAAUGACAAUUUUCACCCGGAGAAUUCUCAUGUGCUUCCUGCUCUCAUGAGGAGGUUCCAUGAGGCGAAAGUGAAUGGAGCAGAGGAAGUUGUGGUGUGGGGUACAGGCAGUCCGUUGAGGGAGUUCUUGCACGUCGAUGAUUUGGCUGAUGCUUGUGUUUUCUUGCUGGAUCGAUACAGCGGGUUGGAGCAUGUUAACAUAGGAAGUGGUCAAGAAGUGACGAUCAAAGAGUUGGCUGAGCUGGUGAAGGAAGUCGUCGGUUUUGAAGGGAAGCUUGGAUGGGAUAUCACUAAGCCAGAUGGGACACCGAGGAAACUGAUGGACAGCUCAAAGCUCGCGUCUUUGGGUUGGACACCCAAGGUUUCUCUCAGAGAUGGUCUUCGCCAAACUUAUGAUUGGUAUUUGAAGAAUGUGUGCAGCCAAUAAGUAAUGGUUUCUCAUAUAUAUACACAACUCUUGAGUCUCAGGUAAAUCAGCUUAUCACCAACCUUUCUUUGAGAUUCAAGAAUUGCUUUUUAUCGACAUUGAUUCAUUUAGAGUUUUGUUGAGGAAUUUACAUUGUCCGAGAUAAGACUUGCCUCUUGAUGCAACAUUGACUGAGGAAUUUAUAUUUUGGAUAUCCGAGUCUGAUCUUUUAUUAGCUCUCUUCUAUACAUUCUUGAGAAGUUUCAAGAAAACAAUUAUGAUUAA